AACAGCGGUGACAACACCUGCACGUUGUGGUAGAAUAUAUUUCGCUAAUUCUUUGUCUUUUAAAUCCAAACCCAAUUGCCAUGCAUCUUGGUACUAAAUGAAAGACUGUGAGCAAAGGCUAAAUCAAUUGGGUUUUCUUUUUUAGUUUUUGGGGGGUUCCAAGACAUAGCAUUAUAUUUGUUUGACAGCGCACCCUGUUGGAACUGAACACACCGUGGAGACAUGGAGAAAGAAAAAGAGCGAGAAUCGUCAAAUCAGUACGGGUCCCUGGAAUGCACUAAAUGGAAUACAGAGAAUUUCAAAAAAGAAGAAGACAUUGUGUCCAUGGCGGAUUCCACCAUCACUAUAGAUGACAUCGAGGGAGAGCUCUUGAAGAUUGACCGGAUACGAGAUGUGCUGGUCAGGAGGGAGUCAGAGCUCAGAUACAUGAUGGAUGACAUUCAGCUGUGUAAGGAAAUCACUCGACUCAAGAAGGAGCUCCAGAAACUUGUAUCCAUACCAGACAACGUCAAGUCCAGUGAGGACAGGCAGAAGGAGGAGGAGCUUCUUCAGCAGAUCCACAAGCUGGUGGAGACCCGGGAUUUCCUCGUGGACGAUGUCGAAUUUGAGAGGCUGAGGGAGAAAGAGGAAGACAAGGAAAUGGCUGAUUUCCUCCAGUCCAAGUUUCCCAAAAACUCAAUGAAGAAAGGCCAGGUUCCAGCCAGUAGGCUAACGUCCAGGACCCAGCAGACCUCCUCCCCCUUCUCCAAGACGGGCCUGACCCUCCUGAAGGAGUGCUGCGGCUUCACCUGCUCCAUCAUGUAGGCCCUGCCGCGGAGCCUGAAUUUAGCACCCCGGCGUGUGAGUUUCAGCUUUUCAACCCGAGAAGGACUUGAGGCGCAGGCAGACGACGGGCCAGUCGAGAUUGUUAAAGGCGAGGCUGUGGACGUGGCCGGGGUCGAGGUUGACGGCGUCGCUGUGCAUUUCAUCCCCCAGGUCUACGACUCAUCUUCUCUGGCCUGCUCGUCUGUCUUUCCCUCUGCUCUCUAUCUCUCCGUCAGGCCCUUUGUUUUUUGUCCGCUUGUCGUUAGGGCUCCUAUCUGCUGCGCUGCUUCGGUUUCAUUUUACACCCGUUGCCCCCCCCCCCCGCCCCC